UUAACUAUAAACUUAGAUAUCGCAAACAACUCUCGUUUUUCGUGAUAUACCUUAAGAAGCGUCGUAUAGAAACCUAACACAGUUGAAAGUUCAGUGGCACAGUUUAUAUUAUGUGGUAAAAACAGUGUUGCAGCCCAGGAAGAAUGCUCAAUGGUUCUGAAAGUGAAUUUUCUCGUGUUACCUGUGGCUACAGUUGUGCUUGAAACAGACAAAUGUUGUGAGUAACAGAAGAGAGAGAAAGUGGUGGUGUUGUGUGAGGGGGAGACAAGACAAGUGGAAAGACCGCGGUUACUCCUCCACCCCGCCACACGUACACACAUAAAUGUCGGCAACCUGAAAUCCGCUACUCUCUUGUGCCACUGACAUGAUCCCUAAAACAGCUUUUUUUCUUUACAAACCUUUCGAGUCUUUCGAGUGACGCGCCAGCUGCUGUGUUUCCUCUUUAGAUCUGAGAGAGAGAUAUUGAGAAGGAAAAGUUCAUUAAUAGUUUACAGUGACCAAACAAUGUAAAAAGUCGCCUUUUCUCCGGUCAGAGUUUACCUUGCGUGCACGACUACCCUCAAGCGACCAUUGAAUUAUUUUACCUCGUAUUAUUGAGAGGAAAUUUAUACGUGUACAUAUAAGUUUACGCAAAUGAAGGAAAGAUAAAGAGCGUGAAAAUUUGAGAAGAAAAGAGAGAAAGAGAAUAAAGUGUUAAUUUGAAGUUAUUGAAGUGCUUGACGGUAGUGGCAUGUGUGUGUGUGUCAGCAACCGGCGGUGAAGGUGCUCUCAAGAAGGCCAUGCAGGACUGACCUUCGUGUGGAACAUCAGUACUACCAAAGCAACAACAACUACUACCAUCACUAACGCCACUACCAACAUCAGAAAACGUCAAGAUGAUGCGGAAAGAGUCAAAGAUACGAUUUCUUGACGUGAUGCUGGACGAGGAGAGGCAGGAAAAGGAGAACAUCCCCCUGAGAACAAGUUUUCAUCGCCAGGUCAUUUGGGCAAGGAACAACGCCCCCACCCUCGUCUUCACUGCCCUGUUCAUCGGGGUGAACGCCGUGGUGUUCAUGACACGGGCCUACCAAUACAGAAACACCAACCUGCUCGAGAUGGGCGCCAGGGCGUGUGGUCAGUGCCUCAACCUGAACUGCGCGCUGCUGCUGCUAUUGAUCCUACGACGCACAGUGACCCGCCUCAGGAACUCCCCCGCAGGCUUCUUCCUCCCUUGUGACCAGCACGUCCACUUCCACAAGAUGGCUGGAUGGACAGUCUUCUUCCUCUCCAUCCUCCACACGCUCUUCCACAUCGCCAACUUUGUGACCCUUGGAGACGUGACGGGCAUCAGCAUGAAUGACUACAUGUGGGACACUUCUCUGGGCAUCGGCUGGGUGGGCGGCUUGGCCAACCCGACGGGCGUCGUCCUCAUGAUCAUCCUCACCAUCAUCGUCGCCUUUAGUCACCGCAUCGUCAGAAAAUCCGGUUAUUUUGAGAUAUUCUACUGGACUCACCUGCUGUCGCUACCGUUCUGGGUGUUCCUAGUCCUCCACGGCCCUAACUUCUGGAAGUGGUUGUUGCUUCCUGGCGUUGCCUUCCUGCUGGAGACUUGCUUCAGGAUAUCGCAGGUGUGCACCCCGAGGGGCAAGACCCAAAUCCUCAUAGGCACCACACUGCCCUCCCAGGUGAUAAAGCUGCUGAUCAAGCGGCCUAAGAACUUCGACUUCCAGCCUGGAGAGUAUGUGUACCUCAACAUUCCAUCCAUUGCACGCUACGAGUGGCACCCCUUCACCAUCUCAUCCGCGCCUGAGCAGGAAGACGUUUUUACAGUUCACAUCCGCUCUGUGGGAGAAUGGACUAAGAGAGUUUAUGAGUUGUUCAGAGAAGAGAAGGGAAAGGAAGCUUCAGUCACAUCACAGAAGUGUCAGAAGGAAAUCUCAGGUAUAUUGAACCCCGCCUUUACCUCUGAUGAAUCGUUGACAGAGACCCCCACUCACACCGUCAUUGCCAUAGAAGAUGCUAGUGAUGGAGGUGGAGGCUGUGCAGGGAAGGGUGGCCGUUAUAUCAAUAAUCUCUUGGAAUUUAACCGUAAGAUGAGCGUCUACACACGACCACCAGCGUUGCUGCCUGUAGAAACAGAACAAAAGCCACCCAUCACCCCUGCUGUGUCUAAGCCAACGAUUCCUGCAGCUCAAAGAUCACUAGAACGCAAAAAAUCUUCCAGCUUAUCGAAUCUGGCCACACUGAAGGCUGAACUCUUGGGGUCUUACACAGGGCAGACGAACUCAGGUCGAUCAUCCCUCACCGGCAGCAACUCCAGUCUGGACUCCUUCACCGAUCAACAGUAUUCCACGUCCCUCCAACACCAACACCCCGAACAUUGCCAGAGAAGAAAUGAAGAAAAUAGAUUGAAACAGACUUUGACCACGGAAGAAAUCAGCUCUCGUUCUGAAAACAAGAAUAAUGAGGUGUUUGUAGAUGGACCAUACGGCACUCCCUCCACCAGGAUAUUCUCAGUCACUCACGCUGUCUUGGUGGGCGCUGGGAUCGGAGUUACACCUUUUGCCUCCAUUCUUCAGAGCGUCAUGAUGAGGUACCGAGCAGCCAAGGCGCCCUGCCCGUACUGUCACGUCCCCAGUUGCCUGGCGCUGCCUGCCACACUCAGAAAACUCAGGAAGGUGGACUUCGUGUGGGUGAAUCGUGACAUUGGGAGCUUCGAGUGGUUCCUGGAGGUGCUGGCAGCCAUGGAAAGUGAACAGCGGGUGGUGGGUGCUGCCAUGGAGACCUUCCUCAGCCUCCACCUUUACAAGACAGGUGCUGCCCCCCUCAGACCUACACUGCCAUUAGCUUCAUCUAUCAGAGCUGGCAGACCCGACUGGGAAAAGGUGUUCAGUGGUAUCAGAGAGUCACGUAUGGGGAAGGUAUGUGUAUUCUACUGUGGUCCUCCGGCCCUUGUGGGUAUCCUCAGAGAGAAAUGCAUCAAGUACAAGUUUGAGUUUAAGCGUGAGAUGUUUUGAAGGUGUGUUAUUCCUGGCUCUCCUGCACAAAUUGAGCUGGAGGUUAUGAGAUAGUUGCCUUCCAUGUGUGGUAUCCCAUGAAGGUAGGACUCUCGUGUGGUUCCAGAGUGUUAAGAGAAGCCAAUUUCUCAGUUGGCUACCCUGGGUUUGUUACACCAUCAGUGGCAAGAUGGUAAUAAAAAUGCAGUUUUUCACUUGCUGUGUGAGAGUACUGUUUGACAAUUAGGUACCUCAGAGAACCAAGAACUGCUGGACUGGGGUCAAAUCCUUUACUAUGACAAAUAAGGAACUGUAUGGAGUGGAUCACUCUAGUACCUUACAAUCUGAUCUCUAAAAUGUGUGAAGAAACUGAACCAGAAACCAGUGCUUUCAUAUAUUAAUAUGUUGGAGUUGUGCUUGAUACUUUAUCAAUCAACUGAAGGGUAUCUGUAAGCUGUGAUGUUUGUUGCUGUGCUCUCAGGUAACAGAUAGACUGACAUUAGGUGCCAGACAAAAUUUUCUUUAGUCCAAGAAACUGAAUGAGACGACUCGUCAUCAACUGAACUGAAGUGAUCUAAGUCAUCUCUAUUCUUAGUGAUUUUAUUAUAAUUAUAAAUAUUAUUAGUAUUAUCAUUAUCAUUAUCUAUAAAUGAAUGGCCUCUUUGAUAAUUACUACAGAUGAUAAAAGAAGUGUGUUAUAUACUUAAUGUCUUGGUCAUGUGAUAUCAAACAUCCUGCGUGUGUGUGUCUGUUCCUUGCUUGUUGCACCUCUGGUUAUUUAUGGCUGUCUGUCCUGGUAACUUAGAGAUUUUGUUGUUAUUAUUGUUUGAAAAUUGAUAAUGGCAAAGAAAAUAAUUGUGAGGAUUAGUAAUGUAAGUACUCUUGAGCUGUGAAGUAACUAAGGGACUUGAUCUCAUCCCACUGUGUUCUCAUUUUUAAUUGGAACCAACAUGGAAUAUACUGUACAGUACCUCACUGACCCACAAGAGAGGGAGGGCCACUCAUCAACUGGCAUUUAUAUCCUCAUAUGGUUUUGGUUAAGAUCCCAGUAUGUUAACCUCAAAUCUCAUGUACUUCUUUCCAAAAUUUCCCAAUUUAAUUCCCCUCUUUUUCUCCAUAUAUGUUAUUGAUUUUCAUGAUUUCUAUAUAAGUAACAAGUACAUGGCAUGUUGAUCUACAGCACACUUAUCAUAGUUCAGAAUAACAGGUGAUAAUACUUGAGAUCAUUUGCUAACCAUCACACAAUGUGUACUGGUUGUCCAUAAUCUUUGGUAAAAUCUGCCACUCGUAUGUAUUAAGACAACGUGAUGAAUGAGGAGCCAAGUUCUCUUUCACCUUUAGUAAGAAUAAAUUGUAUACAUGACAAGUGAGUGCCCGUGUCAUGUAUAUCAUACAUAUUUUCUUGGUUUGUUUUGGGUCAAAGAAACCUUUGGUAUAUAUGUCCAGAUAUUUUCGCAUGGUUAAUGAAAUAAUGUUGCAGGUAUUAAUGAAGUAAAAUUAAAAUACAGAAACAAUGCCACAAAAUCAACUGAUAGAUCUGACUGAGUUAAUGAGGCAUCAUUAAUUCUAUGAACUUUAUAUUUUUAAAAGAGAAACGUAUAACUCGUGGCUGGUCUUUGACAGUAUUUUAUUUUGGCGAGAAAUCCGAGAAUUUAAUAAGCCAUUUCUACCUUUGUAUGUUGAAAAGUUGCUCAUGCAAUAUUUAAUUUUCAUUGUUCAAAGUUUGUCCUCAAAUAUAGGUACUAUUUUCACUCAUGUAUUAUCUUCUUUUGUUUAAUAAGAAUGUAUAUGCUGUACUGUACUGUACUGUACUGUACUGUACUGUAUCGUACUGUACUGUACUGUACUGUACUGUACUGUACUGUACUGUAUCGUACUGUACUGUACUCAGACCAUAGAGUUAACUUAACAAUGCUUUUGUUUACUAAUGACCCGUUAGGAUAAUAUAUUUAUUUAUUAGUUUUGCCCGAUGCUCUUUCUUCAAACAUAACUAUAUUGUAUUCUUUGCGAGAGUGAGAAUGUGUAUAUAUAUAUAUAUA